AUGGAAACGAUUCAACAAACACUUGAUCAGAAUAACUUCUUUAUUCAACAGCACGAAUCGUCAACUAAUACACUGAAAACAAGAGUCGAUCAGAUCGAUUCUAAACAACGUCUUCUUCCACCAUCAUUGUAUGGUCCAUCUCGAGGUCAAAAUCGGUCGAAUAAUGAUCAUUUGAACGAUUCCUAUGAUACUUUGUUCAAUACAUCAACAGUCUUCAAUAACGAUACUUCUUCAUUCAAUAUUCCAUCGACUCAAUCACCAAACGGUCGACAACACGCUAGCAUAGAUCGUCGACCGAAUAAACAAGGGGGAAAAAAACCACCAAUUGUAAACAAAGGAAGAAAAACAUACCAUGCAGUUCUUGGUGGAAGUUUGAUAAAAUGGGUCGAUAAGCGUCAACUUCAAUCGAAAAAUAAAAUUAUCGAUAUCCGAACAAUCAGAGGUAUCACUAUUGAAGAAAUGACGGAAAAAGUAUGGGAUUAUGAAUUCGACGAUGAAUUGAAUGAUUGUAAAUCUGCAAUAGUUGUCGUUGGCACUGUGAAUUUGGACAUGAACCCGCAGAACACGUACUUGAAAAAACAAAACAUCUAG